AUGAAAACUACAAACAAGGCCUUGAGUGGUACAGGAGUCACAUGCCCGAGUCAAGGGAAGAUCAGUUACCUGAAAAUCUCCUGGCUACUUCACCUCAGACUGUUCUUAGGAGUGUGUACAAGUGGUCAAGAGAUGUUAAGCUCUAAGUGAUUGUGCGAGAUCCCAUGGUAAGAGCUAUCUCAGAUUAUACACAACUUUUAUUGAACAAAAACAACUCUUUCCUUCCAAAAUUCGAGGAAUUUGUCACAAAGGAGGUAACU